GAAUGAAUAGACUGAAAAAGUUUAUAGAUAUGUUAACUCCAGAUAGUAGCAGCCGUACAGAAAAAGAAAUGAAAGAUGAAAUAAAAAAAGAAAUUACCAAGUGGUACGAAAAUGUGGAGAUAUUCAGAGAUCUCAACAAGGUUAAAGAGACACACAUAUUGAAAGCUGUUGUUGAUACAUGGGACACAUUAAUAAAGGGAUCUGUAGGUGACAUCGAAGAUGUUAAAGUUUUGGUUGAAGAUAUCCGAGAAAGACUGGAACGUCUGGAAAAACAAGUCGAGGAAAAUAAAGAAGGAAUCGAAAAAAAUAAAGAACGAGGAAAUUAGAAAACGACUGGAAUGUCUGGAAAAACAAUCCGAACAAUGUUCCGAUAAGACUGCCAUACUUGCCUUGCCUCCUGAAACAUCUGAACGGGCCAAUUAUAUUUUGGAAGAGGGCCAAAGUUUACCACUACCAUCAGGUGCAGCCCAGAAAAAGGAGCUGAAAGAAAAGGAUAUUACGAUUAAAGAACUGAGAGAUGAUAUAAGAACCUUAAAAGAGGAGAAGAGAAGUGUAGAGAGUGACAAUGACAAGUUGAAACAAAUAUUGGAUGAUAAAAUAAAAGUUUUACGCAAUGUAGAGCAAGAACGUGAUACUUUAUCAGUUAAAUAUAAAAAGCUGCUCAAAGACUACAAUGAUAUGCAGGUAAAAUUAGAGACAGAAAAAUCGAUGGACAUGGUAAAAAGGCUCAAAAUCUCAAUCCAACAAUCAAAAUGGUAAAAAUAUCAUUCUUGCUAAACUAAAUUCAAUCAAAUUACUUAACAGUUAUUAAAAAGUUAUGAUACCAUCGAUCCAUCCUCAAAUGAAAAAAAGUCAAAGGUACAAAGAUGCAUCAAAAAACUAAUGGUCAAUGAAAAAUAAAGUUUAAUCUAUUUCCAUAUUUUGCAGUAAACACAGUUGGGGAGAAAUUUUGAUUCCAUAUAAUUUGAUAAUAAUUGAUAAGUGAAAGAUUGUGUAGAAUGUGCUUUUUGAUGAUGAAAUAUGUUUAGAAAUCUGCUUUUAAAGAACCGAGAGGUAUAUACUUUCAAGAUUGCUUUAAAUAGAUAUAUCCACAACUUUCAAUUUAUACACAAUGACGUAAUGUAUUAUAUAUAUUGAUGAAUUCUGCUUUUAAACUCCAAUGACAAAAUCGAUGCCCAUAUCGAUUGAAGACAAUCAAGAUUUGCUUCCCAUAAUACAUCACAUGUAUAUUUAAAAUAUAUCAUAUGUAUGUCAUUCGUAUGUAUUGAACCAUUUGUUAAAGAAUUAAGCUCGCGAGGCCCAAUGAUUUGUGAUGAUUUUAGCACAAAGUGUGAGACUUUGAUAAGUACAUAAGCUAGUUUGAGCAUACAAGAUACAUUACAAGUGCAUGGAAUUCUAUAUAUACGAGUAAGUAAUCCACAGUAAAUUGGGUCAUCAGCUUAAAUUCUUUUCCUACUUAGCUAAAGAUUUUGUACAAUAUCAAUGAAAACAAUGAAAUUCAAACAGACACAUUUUGCAAGUUCUACAUUUUGACUUGCAGAAGGCUAUCUGCUUGACUAAACAUUGUGUUCUUAAAUGUAGAAUUUGCCUAUUUGCCCCGGGUCCUUGAUUUCAAAUUACUAUGGCAACCAUUUCUUAUUUAAUGUUUCUGUAUUCUAAAUAUUUUGCUGGAUUAAUAAAACAUUCUCCAUGCUGCACAUUCUGUGAAAAUUUCAUAGGAAAAUGAUGAAAAAUAAAGAAAUUAGAGAGAUAUUAUGAGAACUUUAUGAUCAACCCUCGUAUAUAUU